AAACGGACAAUUUAUACAAUAAGUGGACAUUCUGUCUUCGACACUUCUAGACUAAAUAACGAUGUGGUCAGCUGGCUUUGCCCUAUUGUUGCUGUGCAUUUUGUCGCACCUUUCGAUUGCAUUACCAUCACGCAUUGUUGGUGGCAGUUUUGCGGAAAAGAAUCAAUUUCCUCAUCAGGUUGCACUACUGAAGGAUGAAAAACUUCAUUGCGGUGGUUCAGUGUUGAGCGAAACAUGGGUCGUAACGGCGGCACAUUGUCUAUUGGAUGGCAAAAAUCCGUAUCCUGCGCAAAGGAUUAGGGUUCUUGCAGGUGUUCUUGAACACAAGAACCAAACAGGUGGACAACUACUGAAGGCGAAGAAACUAUACCCCCAUGAGGCUUAUGGAAACUUCUUCAACGACAUUGGUCUGGUGGAAACGGAUGGACGGUUCGUUUUCGGAGACAGCGUUCAACCCAUUCCGCUGAGAAGGACUCCUCUGCCCGAUGGAACUGAAAUGGUGAUUUCGGGAUGGGGACGAACUGGCUACAAUGAAGCACUGAGUGACCGCUUGCUGUUCACAACAAUGAGAUCCAUUCCUAUGAAGCAAUGUACGGAAGAAAUUGGGAUAACCUACCAUGGCAUCAUUUGCGUGGUUUCGACUGAAGCCGGAGACCACGGUCCAUGUAGUGGUGACUCAGGUGGUCCUGCGGUAGUCAACAAUGAGCUGGUUGGGGUUGCGAAUUUUGCCCGUAUCGGAUGUGGUGUCAAUCCAGAUGGUUAUGCUAAUGUAACCAACUUUUUGAACUGGCUUGAUAAUCAUACGAAUAAGGUGUAAUAUGUUGAUAUAAUAAAAAUAAAAAAAUGCAAUCAAGUACCCACAAAA